ACCAAUCCUCUUGAUACCAAAAAUGCUUCUUACACUACAACCGCCAGGGAGUUCGCCGAAAAUGUUUUCCGCACUUACUGCAAUGGCAUCUACCGCUAUGGUCCAAUGCAUGCAAUUAGCUUAGUCGGAGUCAAGGGCGAAGAGCGAGGGGAGUUCUGCAGUGAUAUCCUUGAGAUGAUUGCAAGAGAUCCCUUCCUCGAACUCGUUCUUCCAUGGGGGAAGCUUUCAUCCCUUAGUUCUAUGGACCCCCAAAAAAGUAAUGAUGGGCCCAUUCUUUGGGUUCGUCCUGGAGAACAAGCUCUUCCUCUUCAUGGCACCUCAAAGAGUCGUAGCAAAAAAGCCGCUAACUUCUCGCUGGGCACCUUCACUUCUUCCCGAUUGAGCAAUCCACGCCAAGUGCUGGUGCAGGAUCGGACGCCAUGUCACGCUGAUCACGCUGAUGACGGUCUCCAGCGCCACACCACGGCUGCCAUUGGGUUGCUCAAGGCCGUGUACCCGCCAAACAUAUCAAAAGAGCAGGAAGCAUCCAAGGCUUUGGAGAGUACCGCCGAAAACCUCUAUAGGUCCGACUCCGUUUCUGGCCGCAUCAUUAAAGACGUAGUUGUUUUUGAUCCAAGGCACUACUGGGACCUCGUUGAACGGCUGAGUCUGGACAUUAUGGAGCCACCAGUUAGCCAAUGCGGCAGCUUUUGGGCAGACGAUGGCGAGCUGAACCUGCUCCGAACGGAGGGUUUCCGCUACGUACGAGUGCCCCUACGCGACAAUGACAUUUAUUUCCUUCCUCGGGGCGUAGUUCACCAAUUCAGAACGGUAUCUGCUGGAACCAGCAUUGCAUGGCAUGCUCGCCUCAAAACCUACUAUCCGUUAUCAGUGGAAGCUUCUACUGACGUCAACGGUGAUUCAGCGUCAAACAUUACUGAGCAAACCACCUUUCUACAGAUGUCCCCCUCCAUCACCACAGCAGCCAACGAGGCUGCUCUCCGCGCCGCUAAGGCUCAGGCUCGAGCCAUUAAACGUUCUGUUCCUAGAUCUUCCAGUCCUCAACUCACUUCUGAGAAGGUGGGGAAGAGUACGAGUGAUAGCGCGGCCAAAGAGUUGGAGAGGAAGGAAAAGAAGGAGGUCAAUUCACUGAGUGAUCAAUAA